AAACUUAAAAAAAAAAAAAAAAAAAACUGAGCAAAAAGCCUUCAAAAAUACUGCAUUUUAUUUCCCUCUUCAUUUAACAUAUAAGUCAUACCAAUGCCUCGUACAGAAAGAAAAGGUCGUCAAAAUAAAAAGCGUGGAAAGAAAGGAGGAAAGAAAGAAAAUGUUGAGGGUGAACAAAUCACAACCAUGACGGCCACAACCAUCGACGAUCCUAUGAAAAUCACACCUGCGAUCGACAACAGCUUCACCGAGCAACGUUUUCAAGCAGCUCAUUUUGGUGAAGUAGACGAAGAAUUACUUGGAUAUUUCAAGAAUGUCGAACAAACAUUGGACGAUCCGCAGUUUGAAACCGCUGAAGAUCAACGCUUGUUUGUUGAGAAUGUAUAUAAUGAAGUAGACGGCAAUGAAAUUCGUCUAUCUACGAACUACUCCUGCUCACUGAUUCUCGAAAAACUUUUGAAAAUAUCUGAUUCGUUUCAGCUUCGUGUGUUUAUGGAUAAACUAAGAGGAAAGACAGUUGAGUUGUUUGUUCAUCGGUUCGCUUCACAUGUAUGUCAAACACUAUUAACGUUAGCAGCAGACGUUGUCGAACGCGAACAAUUGGAUGGUGUCAAGAGUGAUAAUAACGCUAAGAAUGGAACCGAUGAAAAUAAGGAAGGAGAGUUGUUAUCUAUGGAACAAUUGGUAUUGGAUGCUUGUGAAGAUAUUAAGCCUCAUAUUGGCGGCUUAAUUUCUCAGCAGUUUGCUUCUCAUGUCAUCCGAAUUCUACUGCACGUCUUGGCUGGUAAAAGAAUUGACGAGACAGGUGAUAUUAAGGGUAGAUUAAGAAGUAAAAAAUCGGCACAAUACAAAAAAGAAAAUAAUGAUACCUUUACAAAGACUAGUGUGCAUUUAGCAUCAACAAGAAAGGUGCCGGACACCUUUAAGGUUAUGUUCAGAACUCUCACAACAGAACUAGCAAUCAACAUGUCAGAAACUGAAGUGCGUACAUUAUCUGUACACAAAGUAGCCAACCCUGUUUUACAACUCCUAUUAGAUAUGCAAGAGAACGAUACAGAAGGAAUAAAGGCUCGUAACAUUUUGAUUGACCGUAUUUUAUGGGGCAUCGUAACCGACAUUGACUCCAAAGAAGAAAAUACAGACAGAGAUUCAUGGUUUGCCACUUUGAUUCGUGACUCCGUCGGUUCUCAUUUAUUAGAAAUCAUUGUCAAAGUGGCACCUGAUCCAAUCUACCGCAAGAUUUUCAAAACCUACAUUGUUGGCAAGUUGGAGAAGUUCACUUUACACCCCAUCGCCAAUUUUGUGAUACAAAAUUUGAUUGCCCAUGUCAGAAAGCCCAAACAAUUGAAACAAAUAUUGACAGAAUUAAAGGGAUCAUUUGAUAAAAUCAUCAAAAAUGGCAAAUAUGGUGUGAUACGUAGUUUAGUAGACGCUGCUGUGAAGAUGGAAGUUUGUCAACAAGACGUAGUCGAUGCAUUAGUGACAGGUUUACGAAUGCCAUCAGCAGACGAUAAAGAGGGUACAGCCGUAGAGGAUCGUAAAGAAUUUGUCAAUUGUUGCAUGCGUAUGUGGACUUUAGACCAAUGGAAAUCAGCUAGCUAUGAUGAAAAGCAAGAUUUAUACAAAUUCCAUUUGCAAGGCUCUCUUAUUUUACAAGGAAUUAUGCAAAUGAAUGAGGAAGCCAAUGCUAUUGCUACGAGCAGUUUCUUAUCGCAAAGACCCGAUACAAUUCACCGCUGGUGUUUUUCGCCUGUAGGCUCUCGUGCUUUUGAAUCCGUAAUAGCUUCACAUCACGUCAAUGAUAAGAUGAAGAAGAAGGUUAUGCGUGAUUUAUUGGGCAAGUAUACCUCUUUAGCCAAAGACAAGUUCGGUAGUCAUAUUAUGGAUAAAUGCUGGUUAAAUGCAGACAUUGAUAUGAAGGAAAAGAUUGCAGCUGAAUUAGUCAAGCAUGAACAUGAAUUGGCCAGCCAUUACAUUGGUAAGAAUAUCCUUUGGACAUGCAAGAUUGAUCAAUAUAAGAGGAGACAUGACGUUUGGGUGGAGAGAGAAAAGGGUGCGGAACGCAAACGUGAAAUGUUUAAGGAUAUUUUGGACGAUACCAUGCCUAUCAGUAAAAAGCGUAAAUUUGCAUAAGCUUACACUCACUUUCUUAUCUGUUAAUUUGUAUUUUUUGUACCUAUUAUAAUGCUCCCUUACUCUCAUGAUUAUGCUGUGUCGUUCAAAAAUGAAAGUUCACAAUAAAGAGAUUUUGUAUAUAUUAUGACAUGCCGUACAGUCAACAUUAAUAAGCUUACAGACAGAUUGCUCCAGCACAAUUUCAAACCACCAGAAUUGAUUGUGUUACCUGUUAUUAUGUCGAAAAUACCUCCAAAUUACUAUAAUAUGAUCUUUAAAAAGCUUUCUCUUUCCAUGUUUGCAGCAUACCUG